AAGAAAAGUGGACCAGUCUGGAGGGAGAGCAGCUCCAUUUGGAGGAGAAAACAGAUGCUGCCAGGUUUCCAUUCACAUUGGCUUCUAUAAAGAGUGUGGAGGAUGAAGAGAAACCUCUGUUCUCACAGCUUCAUCAGCAGCAAGUAGAAGUCAAAGAUGUUCAAACCAAAGCAUGUUUGUCAUUGUUGAAUUUUUGGAAGACAACACCGUUGAAGCUGUUCCCAGCAGUUGGGUUGUCUUAAACAAUGGGGUGCAUUAUUGUUACUGGACAGCAAACAAAACCUCAUUCAGGAUCCGAAAUUUGGAACAUCCAUCUCCUGAUUGGACUCAACAUAGAGUAAGGCUAUUUCAGCGCCAAACAGAGGAAUAUGAAGAAGCCAAGCGUCUUGCCAGGCAGUACCUGGAAGAUUCCCAAGCCGAGAGUGAGAGAGAGGUGACCAAACGAAAGGUUAAGAACAAUAAGCGGUACCUGUCCAGCUCUGAUGAUGAAGCAGGUCCAUGCUCUACUGAGAGAACGAGAGUUCCCAUGGCAGAGAGAAUGCUGUUGCUGAUAGAACCAUCCAGCAGAGAUGUUCCUGUUUCGAAGAGGACAACACUGCCAACUGAGUACCUCAACGGUGAAGAUUUAAUGGCCACAAGUACUACACCAAGGCUAAGAGUCACCCCAAGGCAAAAAACCACUGAAGAUCAAGCAGCAGGCAUCGCUGAUGCUUUAAAGAAUAUUGCUGCAAUCACAGAUAUCUGCAAGUCACUGCUGAUCAAAGUGAACAUGAUGGAGGGGAAAAUGCACGCCAUGGAGAAGCUGCUCCAUAAUGUGGCUUCUCGGCAUUCUGAGAGCCAAACUCAAGAUGAUCUGCGCCUGGAGCUUUGUAACGAUGCGGAGGACUUUACCUUGCUUGAAAAUAACUUGCAGGACAAGGCAUAUUUCCAGCAAGCUGUCCGUUUUCUAAGCCUCAUUGGAGGACGGAAGCUGGGAGAAAAUACAAGAAGGACCAUGCUGGCUGUCGCCAGCAAUGCUGUUUGGUGUAGAUACAGCCUGCAUGGGAAGAAGCAGAAAGCCAAGCUGUGUAACCUUAAAAUAUUUAGGCUGAUCAAACGUGCUGUGAAGACCUCGCUUCCAGACUCCACAGAUAAGGACAUAGAGGUGCAAAUAAUGGAAGUCCUUACGCAUGCUCCCCAGAAAGUCAGAAGAGAGGCUGAAGCACAGCAUCGUGCCACACAAAUGGAGGCCCAUUCUUCUGAGGAGGACUAAGUGAACCUGCACCCUUUCUGUUUUAUUUUUCUCUGUUUUGUUCACAAUUUUUGCUUUUUCUAUUUUUAUAUAUCUAUUUUUGAUAAUUUUUUUAAGCGCCUUGUGAUUUUUAUUUUGAGAGGCGCUAUAAAAAUGUUUUGUUUAAAUUGUGUAUGCAAAUGUCAAAUCUUUAUGUAAUAAAAAGCUGAAGAGUCA